UGGGAGCAGUGCGGCGGCUCUGAUUGGACGGGACCAAAGCAGUGCCCCAUGGACCACACUUGCCUGGUCCGCCGGGAGAAGUUUUCGCAAUGUGUGCCCCCUAUGCACGACAGCAAGUCUCCCCCUCGAAACCCUGGACCAUGGGAGCAAUGCGGCGGCAAGUCCUACGAGGGGCCGACGGCAUGCCCCCGCGAGUACACCUGUCAGUACCGCCGCGAGACAUUCAGCCAGUGCAUCCCC